UGAUUCUAUGGCACAAAGUUUCCAUAAAAUAAUUAUAGCUAAAAGAAAAAGAAUAUAAAAACUCAGUUUUCUAGAUAUCAUUUUGUUGUGAUUUUGGGAUCCUUCCAUGAAAAAAAUAUCGAACGUAAACUCAUUAAAGACUGAAGGACAAAUUGUCAAACUUGAAAGAAUUCAAACAUUAGUUGCUGGUUAAACUAAAGGGCAGACAUGAAAGUAACUUAACGUAGUUUGAUUUGUUUUUAUUAUUUAUUUUAUAAAAGCUUACUUGGAAUAAGCAAUAUUGCCACAACUAUCCUCCUAAAGAAAGAUGGAUGAACCCCUGUUUGAUUGAAUCAAUAGUUUCAGCUGCGGCUAGUCGAAUAGGAAAAACAGUGUUGCACAUAGACAGUGAUAAUUAUUAUGGAGGUCAUUGGGCUUCCUUCAGCUUAACAGCAAUUCAAAAUUUUUUAAAAGAACAAUUGGAAAGUCAACAUCCCAAGUCUAGCUCUGAAUUAUCUAUAGGGAACAAUUUGUUUAAUGUUAAAAAUAUUGAAAUUCAUUCAAACAUUCCAAAAAAGACAGCUAAUAGUUCAAGUAACAGUAUCGAAUUUCCAAACUGUAGUGAACAUGCAAAUUCAUCAGUUUCGGUGGAUAACCUACAUACAAAUAUACAAGAAUGGCAAUUUACUACAGAAAGCCUUUUAAAUGAUUCUCGAAAAUUUAAUAUUGAUUUGGCGCCUAAGUUGCAAUAUGCAAGAGGACAAUUUGUUGAACUUCUUAUCUCAUCUAAUAUUGCUCGCUAUUCCGAAUAUCGAAGUGUUAGUAGAGUCUUAACUUGGCUUAAUGGACAGCUAGAAGUUGUACCAUGUUCAAGAGCUGAUGUUUUUGCAAAUGAUAAGGUAACAUUGAUAGAAAAAAGGAUUCUUAUGAAACUCCUUACGUCUUUAGAGGAUGAUAGGCAAAACUUACAAGAAUAUGAAAAUAAAAUGUUUUCUUCAUAUUUAAAAGAUAAAAAGCUAACUUCAAAUCUGAUACAUUAUGUAUUAUAUGCCAUUUCACAAAGCACAGACUCUACACCUUGCUUAAAGGGAAUUGAAAAUACUAAGAGAUUUCUAAAUAGUUUAGGGAGAUUUGGUAAAACUCCAUUUCUGUUUUCAAUGUAUGGCAGUGGUGAAACAACUCAAGCAUUUUGCAGAUUGAGCGCUGUUUUUGGAGGAAUCUUUGCAUUGAGUCAACCACUGCAACAUCUGAUUUUGAAUGACCACCAGGUAGUAGCACUGGUUUCGGGUGAUCAAAAAAUCUAUGCCGAUAACUUCGUUAUCAGCCUUCAAAAGGCACCUGCCAAAUUUGUAAAAUCUGUGCAAAUUAAGGAGUAUAUUUCUAGAGCUGUAUUUAUUACAGAUUGUUCACUUAUGCCAAGUGAACAAGAACAUUUAACAUUGUUGAUGUAUCCACCAGAGAAGGGCAAACACCUAACUACUCUAAUUGAGAUGGGUUCACUCACUGGAACAUGUCCUAAAAAUUUAUUCUUAGUGCACCUGAUAGCCAAACAAGAAGUAAAUCCUCAAGAUGAUUUCAAACAUAUUGUUCAGAAUUUAUUUACAAAUGAAGUUAAUGAAGAGAACUUAAAGGCUAAAUGCAAACCUCAAAUUUUGUGGUCAUGUUAUUUUUCCCUGCCAAAUACUUGUAAUCUUGAUCUCAAGGCCCACAACUGCAAGAAUGUGUAUGUAUGUGGAGGACCAGAUUUGGAUUUGGACUAUGACUUAAGCAUGGAGACAGCAAAAUCAAUUUUUAAAAAAAUCUAUCCAGAAGAUGAGUUUCUACCAAGAGCUCCCGAUCCUGAAGAAAUAAUAUUUGGUGAAGAACCUGACACUAGUGAAAGAUCUGUUUCUCUAGGUAAUGUGCACCACAAAGAAGAAAGUGGCAAUAUACCAUUACAAAAUCAGGACAAUGACAACUCAACCAGUUAAAUUUUCCUUUAAAUUAUUUAUUUGUAAAUGCAUUACAAUAUAUGUGUACCU